UACGUUUUCUCCGUAGAUGUAAGGUUGUGUUUAUGAGUGGGAUAUGGACUGAGCGAGGCGCUCUUUCAGCCAGUGCUGCGUAUAGCAUUGAAAUAGAUUUAAGCUAGGUUAAAGUAAGACUCCAGACCGUUGACCCAACGAGAAGAUAUCGCGCCGUUCUGAUUCUUUCCUACCCUACUCUAAACACACUAACACGGCAUUGAUGGUAAUGUAUGCAAGGAAACAACCCAGACUCGGCGAUGGGUGUGACCGAAGAGAUUCUGAGCCCUAUCAGACUGUGAAAUAUUCAUCCAAGAGCCAUCUAGGAGUCGACCAUCGACAUGAAAAGAUGCGAGACUCCUCCGAUAUUACUCCACCAUGCAAGAUAACCAGGAUGUCUGACAGUCCUGAGAAGAAGCAGAUCGACAGCACGGGUUACAGUAGAUCAAAGACUGUUCACACGCUCCGGACCAGAGACGAGGAUGGAGGGACCAGUUUUUCUCCACAAGAAAAUUGUCAGAAACACACUUCCCUUCAUAGCUCCAACUCACAUUCUAACCCCAUCAAGACAUCAAACACUCCUUCUGAACCUCCUGACGACUGGUCAGAGCACAUCAGCUCAUCUGGAAAGAAGUACUACUACAACUGCAGGACAGAGGUCUCUCAGUGGGAAAAACCUAAAGAGUGGCUAGAAAGAGAACAGAGGCAUAAAGCGACAACUAAGACUGUGAUUGUCAACACUUUUCCCAAAGACAGGGAUUACAGAAGGGAGGCCAUACAGACAACAGCGACUUCUGUCUUUACUGGUUCCAAAUCAGUCCAGGGAGAAAAGCCUUCAGCAGCCCUUGCCAUGCAGUCUCAUUCAUCUUCUACAGGCUCAGCAAGCUUUAACCCAUCAUCAGCCCCCCCUAGUUCAUCGGCUGCUACGAUGCCCGCGUCUCCAGUCCUACAGUCCCCUGUCCCUCCUUUACUAUCAGACCCCAUCCUCCUUCGUCAGCUUCUACCAGCACUUCAGACUGCCUUGCAACUUAACAAUGCCAGUAUAGACAUGGCAAAAAUCAAUGAAGUUCUCACAGCUGCUGUGACACAAGCUUCAUUACAGUCGAUGCUUCAUAAAAUCCUCACUGCAGGACCAUCAGCUUUCAAUAUCACUACUAUCCUCAGUCAAGCAGCUCAACUUUCCAACCAAGCAGUUCAACAGUCAAACCAGUCACCAAUGUCAUUAACAUCGGACGCCUCAUCACCUAGGUCGUAUGUUUCUCCAAAGAUUAACACGCCACAAACAAAUGCUGGUCCUUUAAAAGCUAUCCUCAGCACACAGCCUGUCAUCCCCCAACCAAAAGUGAACACGCCAACUGUGAAGCAGACAUCUCAUUCCCAGUCCACAUCCCAGUAUCCUUCUCUGAGCGAUAAGCAGCAUGAUGCUACCAUAUCCUCCCCACGCAUCAUACAGCGGCAAGGCCAUCAGAGGAGUCCCUCCCAAAGUCCCAAUCAUGUGGCUUCCAGCAACAGCAGCAACACUUCUUCUAGUUCAGUUUUAACCAGUGCCUCAGCAAGCCGGCCAUUAUGCUCAUUUACCCCAACACUGGCUGCACACUUCAGUGAGAAUCUUAUCAAACAUGUGCAGGGUUGGCCUGCUGAACAUGCAGAAAAACAGGCUUCAAGACUACGUGAAGAAGCACACACCAUGGGAAGCAUCUGCAUGUCUGAAAACUGCACCGAGCUCAAAAACCUACGGUCUUUGGUCAGAGUUUGUGAAAUACAAGCGACUUUGCGUGAGCAGAGGAUACUGUUUCUAAGACAGCAAAUCAAAGAACUUGAAAAGUUGAAGAAUCAGAAUUCUUUCAUGAUUUGAAAAGUUUCUGUUGCGAGCUGAUGCAGGUGUUGCUAAAAGGAGGAAAACCCCAUUGCACAUACUUAACUUAAAUGAGAAAAUUUGUACAGUUGCCCGUGUCCCUGGUUAUAACAGAGGAGCAAUAGUUUGGUGGUUGUAGACUAUUGAACUGAGAGAACUAAAAGGUAGAAAUGAAGAUCCGUUAUAGGAGACGAUUAUGAUAAUUUACAAGUUUUGUAAAAAUCCUUAAAGGACAAAAUGUAGAGAGAUGUAUAGUUGUACACUUUUGUAAAUAUAUUUUGUAGACUAAAGCCAUGGAAAGCAAAUAUCAAAGCUUUUGAGAUCCAAACUAAUCAACAACUAGGCAGCUAUCUUCAUUAGCUAGCCUUUCUUUCACUUUUUUUUUUUUCUUUUCUGCAAAACUUUUCAACUUUAUUUUGUCAAUUUAUAGAUCACUGAACCAUUGAGCCUGUGUGAAAUGUAUUCAAAUGGAGGAAUAAUGUUUGAAUGGUGCCAUUUAUUUCCAAAUAGUAAACUGUGAUAAACUGACAUUUAAAUUUUCCUUCUUUGCCCUCUUAGGCUUAACGGGCUGAAUAUACCUUUUCUGCAAGUCUAGCCUAAGCUCACAGUCUUCUUUCUGUCAGUCUUCUUUUUGCACCUUCAGGUGGCCCUGCAUUUCUCAGUCUAAAAAAAACAGUGCCUAUUGGAGUGAGUGAUUUCUAAUAAAAAUGAGAGAUUAUGGCAUCCUAUUUUGGAGUAUUGAUAAUGUCCUUUCCUGUCCUGUUCUUCUAAGACACCCUGCAAGACACCAAUCUUCUCUUAUUUGUCCAGGUUCUACAAAUGAUGUACCAUUGUUUCAUUCCUUUGUACAGUUGCUAACAUAAUGGUUAAGUGCUAAGAGGAUGCACACAAACUUGUAUUUAUAAAAGCUGUAGUAAUGAGCAGUAAAUCAGUGAUUACAGUGUGUUUCCAUUUACACCAGUUUUAGGAGUAUUUUUACAGGUGGUUAAACGUGAAAGAGAUGUUGAGGGGUCACAAGUUGAAAUGUGAAAUGUAUGUAUUGUAAUAAACACAUUAUUCUAAAAAAAA